AUAAACACUAAUAUUUUAUUUAAAUACAUAAUUAAAGACAUACAGAAAGAGGUGACUAAGUGCAGGUCAUGAGAAAGGGAAACUUGAUCCCAUCCCACAGGAGAGAACCGCAUGCAUCGAAGAGGAAUAUUAUGGAAAUAUACCACAGGAGGAUUGAAUUUUUUGGACUUUUGGAAGGAAGCUCCCUUGAAGGAGGCAUUAGGUGUUUUUGAUUUUUCCCAUUUCCCAGUCUGGGAAAUCAGAAGUGUAAAUGGAAAGUGCCCCGGAAGCCACCCAUCUCCGCCCCUGGAUCCUUCCUUCCAAUAUAUGGGGUUUCUGCUCUGUGGGUAGCUCUCUUUUAUUAGUAUUUGAAUUUUGGGGCUUGUUGGUCUGAAUGUACGUAUGUAUGUACGCACAAGGACACAGGCAGCCAAAACAGCCUCAUCUUUGUCAUUGUCUCCUUCAGUUCCCCAUUUUCUGGCCGCUCAUGACAUUGUCAAUGCUACACUGUCCACCAUAUAUAGCAGCUCUGACUUCAGUGUAGAGUCAUUAAGUCUUGCCUAGAUAUUUAAUACCACAAUACUAAUGUUGCUGUUCUACUGUCUUGCUUGCCUUCUUGUUUCCAUGAAUACUUUUCUUUUCUACUACUAGUAUUAGAAUUUGGGAUCAAGAAAAAUCAGAUUGUUUU